AUGAGCGACGGAAAAUGUCCGCAAUGUGGCCAGGAUCUCAGAAAAUGUUUGAUACAACAGAACUAUAGCUUGGUGAUGUGCACUAAUUUGAACUGUAGUUAUCCCUUUAACGAGCGUGAUGCGCUCAGUAACACGGUAUAUACCAAGGACGCUGAGAUCCUCGAAGCAGCAAAGAAAAGGCUACGGCAAGAAGAACAGAAUAAUUGA